ACCUGAGAACCCGACACGAGGGGAGGGAUUUAAAACCUUUCAAGAGCUAGCUCUCUUGCGCACACACAUACACUCUUUGGUGCGCACACACUAUUGCGCACACACACAGGCUAACAGUCUCUCAGCCCUGCUGGCAUUACACACACACACACACACACACACACACACACUCAUACACUUAUACACUGCACAGACCCUGGAAAGGAGCUGAGGGUUGUUGUGGAGGAGCUGCAGCUCUGCUGGACAUACUACACUGUGCACUGAGGGUUCUCUGGGAGUGACGCAAAAACAGAAGGAUUUUAUCUGCCUGUUUUUUUUAUUUGAGUUUGGACUUUGAGUUCUGGAUUGGGAAACUUCACUUUAAGAGGUCUGAGAUGGGAGGAUGGCUGUUGAGUGUAUCUGUUGUAUUUAUAUCUCUGUUCGUCUUUGGCUGUGAUGCUGAGAGCAGAAACCGCUGUUCGGCUAGCAGAGCAGUUAACUGCUCUGUGUGCCUGCAGGCAGGGCCGAACUGUGCCUACUGUCCUGAUGAGGUGUUUCCUUAUGAACGCUGUGAUCUGCUGAAGAACCUGCAGUCUCAUGGCUGCCUGCAGAUGGUCUCUGUACAGGGGUCCAUGUCCACACUGGAGAAUGUACAAAUCGAUACAAAUCGGAAUUACGCUCAGGUGGCUCCUCAGCAGAUGACAAUGACGCUUUUGCCGGGGGAAGAGAGGGAGCUUGUGAUGGAAGUGUUUGAGCCGGGCCGUGGGCCACUCGACCUCUACAUCCUUAUGGACUUCUCAAACUCCAUGUCCGACGAUCUGGAUAACCUGAAAAAGAUGGGAGACCAGCUGGCCAAACUGGUUGGCACGCUGUCUGAUGACUACACCAUCGGAUUUGGCAAAUUCGUUGAUAAAGUGAUUGAACCACAGACGGACAUGCGACCGUCCAAGCUGGCGCAGCCAUGGCCCAACAGCGACCCUCCUUUCUCCUUUCGGCACGUCAUCCCUCUCACCAACAACAUCAAAACUUUUAGGGAGAUUUUGCAGAGAGAGAGAAUAUCUGGUAACCUGGAUGCUCCAGAAGGCGGCUUUGAUGCCAUCUUGCAAGCAGCCGUGUGCCAGUCUCAGAUAGGAUGGAGGAAUGACACCACUCACCUACUGGUCUUCUCCACUGAGUCAGCUUUCCACUAUGAGGCGGAUGGUGUGAAUGUCUUGGCGGGAGUGUUGGACCGCAAUGAUGAGAAAUGCCACCUGGACACGGGGGGCAGCUACACACAUGCCACCCUACAGGACUACCCCUCUGUGCCCACGCUGGUGCGCACCCUCAUGAAGCACAACAUUAUCCCCGUCUUCGCCGUCACCAACCACUCUCUGUCCUAUUACGAGAGGCUGUUGGAGUACUUCCCCAUUGCUGAGCUGGGAGUGCUGACAGACGACUCUUCCAACAUCCUGCAUAUUAUAGAGAAUGCGUUCAAGAGCAUCCGCUCAAAGAUCAGCAUCCAAACAGAGGACAGACCCAAAGCCAUCAACUCUCAGGUCCUCUCGGCCACAGGAGGAGGAGACCUGAGGAUCCAGCCGGGCGAAAUAGCGAACGUCACUGUGCGUCUGAGUGCUAGGACCGAAUACAACGAUAAGCAUGUGUGCAGCCUGAGUCCCAAUGAUCGAUCAGGGCUCCUGAGGGUCAAACCCACCACCUUUAGCUCCGCCCUUCGGAUCCAGACUAAUGUGCUUUGUGCAACAUGCGAGUGUGAGAAGAACCCAAUAGAGAGGGCACCCCGGUGCAAUGGAAACGGGGCCCUGGUGUGUGGAGUGUGCCGCUGUUACAAUAAAUGGAUGGGUCCGUUCUGUAAUUGCUCAGCUCAGUUCCAGUCUGAUGCGGAGUGUAUUAGUCCUAAUAAGACAGAGCCGUGCAGUGGGCGGGGAGACUGUGUGUGUGGAACCUGUAUUUGUCACAACCCCAGCCAGUAUGACGGCCCAUUCUGCCAGUACGACAAAUCACAGUGCCAGAGAUACGGUGGCUUCCUCUGUAACGACCGAGGCGGAUGCCUUUUGGGGAAAUGUGUGUGUGAUGAUGAAUGGACAGGGAAUUCCUGCGAGUGUCCGCUCAGUAACAUGACCUGCCGGGACAAUAAAGGGGGUCUGUGUAAUGGUCGGGGUGUGUGUAAGUGUGGACGAUGUGAGUGUGAACAUACUGGAUUGGCUCUGGGUUCAACAUGUGAACCGAACUUCCAGGCUCAGCUGGGCAUGUGUGAGAGCAGGAGGAGCUGUGUUCAGUGCCAGGCUUGGAAGACCGGAGAGCGGAAAGGAGACAAGUGCAGGGACUGUCCAUUUAAAGUGGUGAUGGUGGACGAGCUGAAGGAAAGAGAUAAAGUGAUCGAGACGUGCGAGUACCGUGACGAGGACGACGACUGUACGUACUACUACACCGUGGACUACCCACCAAACCCUACUGAAAAAGAACACGAGGUUCAGGUGCUAAAAAAGAAAGACUGUCCUCCUGGAGGUUUUCUGUGGUUGAUUCCUCUCAUCAUGUUCCUGAUGCUGUUGUUGGGUCUUCUGCUGCUCUGCUGCUGGAAAUACUGUGCCUGCUGCAAGGCCUGUCUGGCUCGACUCUUAGCCCUGUGCUGUCCGUGCUGCGCCAAAGGUCGUAUGGUCGGCUUUAAGGAAGAUCAUUACAUGCUACGUCAGUCUUUACUGACCUCAGACCACCUGGACACACCAAUGGUGCGGACCGGCCCACCUAAGAGCACAGAUGUUGUUCGCUGGAAAGUGAAGGACAAUGUCCACCGGCCGGCCAACCACCCACAGAACCAAAUACAGCCCAAUCCUAAAGAAAUGAUUGACUUCCCGGUCUCACUGCGGCUCAACAGGCAGUUUUCAGACAAUCUCAGUCGUCUGGAUGCUCGGGACACACAGGUGCUCAGGCAGGAGGUGGAGGAUAAUCUCAACGACGUGUUCAGACGGAUCCCUGGAGCUCAGACCGUACAAAAGACCAGAUUCAGGACUCAGAGAAAUGCAGGAAAGAGACAGAACAACACAAUUGUGGACACGGUUCUGCCAGCUCCCCGGGGCAGCUAUAACGACAUUGUGAACCUGACAGAUAAGCAGGUUCAGUCUGGAAACUUUAGCAACCUGCGGGUGAUGCCUGGAUAUUACACCGUUGCUACAGACAGAGACGCAACCGGAGCAGUGGAGCUGCAGGAAGGUGUGGAGUCUGUUGAUGUUAGGGUUCCACUCUUCAUUAAGGAUGAGGAUGAUGCUAAAAAGGAGCUGCUGGUGGAGGCCAUCGACGUCCCUCUCGGAAUCGCCAAGAUCGGAAAACGCUUCGUCAACAUUACUGUCAUCAAAGAAAACGCUAAGAGCAUCUUCACCUUCCUUCAGCCAUCAUACACCUUCUCUCGCCAAGACGCUGUGGCUAACAUCCCAAUCAGCCGUGAGAUUAUUGAAGACGGUCGAACACAGGUCACCUACAGCAGCCGUGACCUCACCGCCAAGGACAAAAAGGACUACGUGUCAGUGGACGGAGACAUGGCAUACGGGCCGGGAGAGACGCAGAAACUGGUUCAAGUGAAGCUGCUGCAGCUCGCCGAGACCGAUUCUCUGCUGGACAAACAGCUCAAACAGUUUGUGCUUGACCUGAGCAACCCCAGGCAGGGGGCCAAACUGGGGCGGAUCCCCCGGACCACCAUCAACAUCGCUGAUAAGCCAGACCCCAGUGCCAUAACGUUUAAGAACAACAAACAGAGCUUCUUUGUGGGCGAUCCAGUCUACAACAUCCCGGUGAUCCGCACCCAGGGCCAGGAGAACCAGUCCACCAUGAACUGGCGUGUCCGCAACUCAUCUCAACUGAACCAGACCGGCCAGCUCAAAUUCGCCCCGGGAGAAGUUGAGAAAAACAUCACGCUGAACCCGCUCUUGGCCCAGGGUCCCAUAAAGCCUGAGACCUUCGAACUGGAGCUGUUUGAUCCCAGUGCCAACAACGCCAUCAGAGACAAGACACAGGUUGACAUCAUCGAUAUGAGAGGAGGAGAUAUUUCAAAAAAGACAGAUAUGUCGUUCCAGCAGAGUGCUCCCAGUGGCCGCCUCCACUGCCCCGCCAACAUCGAGGCCACGCCCAUCGGCCCCAAAAACAUCCGCCUCAACUGGAAGCCCCAGAUGGGUGCCAAAGGCUACAAGGUCAAGUACUGGAUCUAUGGAGACCCUGAAGCUGAAGCUCAGGUGGUAGAUGUGAAGAACACUCAGGCCGAGCUGACCAACCUGUACCCAUACUGCGACUACGAGAUGCGCGUGUGUGCUUAUAACUCGCAGGGAGACGGAGAAUACAGUGACAUAGUGCAGUGCCAGACUCUGGAGGAUGUGCCCAGUGAACCUGGACGCCUGGCCUUCAAUGUCAUUGGCCCGACUGUCACUCAGCUGAGCUGGGCAGAGCCAGCAGAGCCCAAUGGUGUGAUCACAGAGUAUGAGGUUGUCUACACACCAAUCAACGAAAAUAACAAACCCACUGGACCAUCCAAGAAGGUGAAGAUUGACAACCCGAAGAAACGCAUGCUGUUGAUCGAGAACCUGCAGCCAUCGCAGACGUACUUCUACAAAGUGCGCGCCAGCAACAAGGUGGGCUGGGGGCCAUAUAGAGACGCCACCAUCAACCUUGCAUCCCAGCCACACAGGCCCAUGUCCAUUCCUAUAAUCCCUGACAUUCCCAUCGUGGAUGCGGAGGCAGGUGAGGAGUACGACAGCUUCCUGAUGUACAGUAACGAAGUCCUGCGCUCACCCACCACCGGCACCAGGCCCAGCGUAUCGGACAUUUCAGAAGAUCAGAUGAUCAACGGAAAGUGGGAUCAGAAGUUCAUGUUCCCAGGUGGAAGCAGUUCCUUGACGCGCAACAUCAGCACCUCCUCCACCAAUUACAGCGUGUCACCACGCCCAGGAGGUGGCAACCAAUCAAUGGAGACCAUGACGACAUACGUGUCAGGGAAAGGGGGAUCAGCGCAGCACAGACAGGAUAUGCAGUUUAGUGGUGGUCUCCACACAGAGGACGUGAUCCUUAGGAAGCGCUCAGAGAACCGGAACUACUACGACAGCGACGGCAUCCGGGACUCCAUUGUGAUGGGCGACUUGACCAGCGGGUUUUCUGACCUCCUCAGCAACUCUAGCUUCAGCCAGACCACAACUACCAACUACAGCCUGAGCUCCAACUUCCGCAAUCACACCGAAGACAUCAACGAUGCUCUGCAGAACCUGGACAGGGUUCUCCAGGAUUCACGGCUGCCCCGGGGGGUUCCUGAGACCCCGAGCAGGCUGGUGUUCUCUGCUCUGGGCCCCACAGCGCUAAAGGUCAGCUGGCAGGAGCCACACUGUGACACUCCAGUAUUGGGAUAUCGUGUCCUCUACCAGCUCCUCAGUGGAGGUGAGAUGAAGCAAAUGGAUGUUGCAAACCCAGCACAGAACUCUGUGGUGGUGCAGGAUCUGCUGCCCAACCAGUCGUACCUGUUUAAGGUGAAAGCUCAGAGUCAGGAAGGCUGGGGACCUGAGAGAGAGGGUGUAAUCACCAUCGAGUCUACUGUUGACCCCAAAAGCCCCCUCAGCCCUGUGCCAGGCUCAUCGUUCACUCUGAGCACUCCUAGCGCCCCAGGUCCACUCGUCUUCACAGCUCUGAGCCCGGAGACGCUGCAGCUGAGCUGGGAUAAACCACGCAAACCCAACGGAGAAAUCCUGGGAUACGUGGUCACAUGUGAACAACUGCACGGUGGAGGAGAUCUGCGUUCCUUCCAGGUGAGCGGGAACGCGGCCACCUCUCUGACCGUGUCAGACCUGAAGGAGAACGUCCCGUACAAGUUCAAAGUUCAAGCCCAAACCACACAGGGCUUCGGACCUGAGAGAGAAGGCAUUAUCACCAUCGAGUCUCAGGAUGGAGGGUCUAUGGGUCAGUACAGCAGUCAGUCUCUAAUGAGGAGAGAAGUGUUCAACCUGCCAACCCAGACUUCCACGCACACCAGCCAUAACAUGUUCUCUGAGCCCUUCGUCACAGCAGAUGGUAUGAUGAUGUCGAGCCGGCAGGUCACGCAGCACAUGGAGGUGGGUGGCAGUGUGAUGCGGCAGAUGGAGAUGGUACAACGGGGAGUAACGUCCACUGUAACUAAGAGGGUGGAGAAACAGUACUACGAAGCCUGAGCUCAGAAUAAACACACUGUAAACUACAAACAGCGCCACAUCUGACCACAUCUGCAUUUAUCUGACCAUAACUGACCAAAAUUUGACCAAAUCUGGCCACAUCUGCCCAUAUCUCACUGUAUAUGACCACAUCUGAUAAUGUCUAACCACAUUUAUCCACAUCUGACAAUGCCAGACCACAAGAAACUACAUUCAAUCACAUCAUGUCUUCUGAUCCAUAUUGAAUAUCAGUGGCGCUAUAUCAUUACACUCAAUAAAAUGAACAGUAAUGAGCUCUGAGUAACUGAUCUGACACCACUCUGAACACUGAGAACACACACUCUCUCAGUUCCCCUGUGUGUGUGUAUUCUGUAGUUCUGGAGAACACGCAACUGUUCAUCAUCUAAUAUAAACUUGCACAUAGCGCCACCUGAUGGCUGAUUUUGGCUACUAGCCACCAGUUAUAUCAGUGGGUUAAGUGUCUCAUUUUCACACGUCCCAAAUAAAGCGGUUUGUGCUCAGAACUGAUUCUGGGCUGGUUUGGCAGAGGGGAUCAUUAUCACUAGUUUGCUUUUACACACAGGAACUCCUUAUAAACCGUGGAUUGACUGAGCAAAUCUGUGUUAUUUUACUGCUUGUAGGAGCAUAAAAGCUUUGGUCAUUUGUAUUUUUUAUUAUAAAUGAAUUCAGAACUGAACUAGAGUCUGCUUACAACGAAACCCAGACCACCAACAGCUUUCACACUUUACCAAACAAACUGAACUCACAGAUCAAGGGUUUCCAGGUCCAGAAAAAAAUACUAGUUUGAAAACACCUUCAAACAUUCAGGCCUGUAUUUACACUAAAUGUAAAAACAUAAAAUAGAGUAUUGGAAUAUUAGACUCUCUGUGCCAAAACCGUUUGUGCUUUACUGAGUGUGUGUGUGUGUGUGUGAUUACUACAGGAGGGGUGUAUAUAUGUUUUACAGACAGUCUUCUGGAACUCAGCUGUUGCUUGAGUUACUGUUUGAAUGUUGUUAUCUCUAAUAUGUUUCUGCUGUUAUUUUAAUGUACAUAUUUUCAGGGUUUUAUAUUGACAUUGUCUGUAUCCACACUUUUUCAAAGGUUGCCUACACUGAGACACAUAGACACACUGAAUAAGGGGAGCUCCUGCAUUGAUGUUAUCAGAAAUACAAUAAACCCCUUUUAAUAUCACCACAAUACGGUACUAGACUGCACACUACUAUAUAUAACUAUAUAGCAAAUUAUAGCCUAAUUAGACAUAGAACAAUAUAUCUUUGUUCCUACCGAUACCAAUAUUAGUGAAACCCUGAGCAUUCUCUGAUGCUGAUACUGAAACCUAUUAAUAUUUUUCAAUACUAAUUCUAAGAUUUUUUUGUAAAAUCCAAUACUGAUACUAAAAUCUAGUCCAGUACCAAUACUUAAAUCUUAAGGAACAAUCAGUCAUAAAUGCGAGUGUGUGAAAUAGCUACAGGAGUCACAUUUUUACAAACACUGGAUAGAGUUUUCUCCCCCACCCGCUUAUGCAAAGCUCUCGGGGGUUACCAAAGUGACAAGUCUUAUACUGUAGCUGAUCAAUAAAUAUAUACAUUUUAGUGUCCAAAAUGGCUGCCUCUGCUACACUACUGGAGGUGGUAAAUUAGCCAGCUAUGGUUAGCAACCUUACUGAUAAACGGCCUUUUCGCCCUCUUUCAUGGAUGCAGCACACUGCAUGUGUUGUCUAUAUCGGGCAACCCUGGGUGUGGAAAUGGGACUAGGUGAUUGGCAGUGGGCAGAUGAUGUACUGCACAGUUCAACUAAGAACAUACUGAAUUAAGCUCUGCUGACAAGAGCAUACAUUGCUUAAACUUAGCAUGUUUUUAUAAUAUCUGACAUCUUGUCAUGUUAUGUUACUACAGAAAAUAUAAUCUUUAAUGGUCCAUUAAGUAUUAGUAUAUUAAUACCAAUACAGACAUUUUGAGUAUUGUCUAAUACUGAUAUUCUCCUUAAGUCCAUUCCAUUUUACACAUUAUUCUGUGCUGAUGUGUGUGUGUUACUGUGUAAUAAUGUUUAUAUAUAUAGCCACCAUUCAAAGAAAGCUUUCUUUUUUUACACAUCAAAUAUCACAUAUACCGUACUAAGUAAAACAGAACAAGCCUUUUCUGCAUCAACACUAAGAUCAUAUACAUCUGUGUACACUGUUUAUUUUCCAUGGACUGUAAAUAUAAAGAAUAAAUAUGUUACUAAAGUUUAGACUGUUUAGAAACACUAAGGGGUUAAAUAUGGUCGGGCUGUUUUUGGAGACCAUUUUCUACAUUUGUCUUUUGGUGCAUUUCUGUAUUUUUCAUAUAUCUGUUUUUAAAUUUUACAUAAUGUGUGUUUUUUAUAUAAAAUUUUACCUUUUAAAAAGUCAUCAUACACACUUUUACUGAGCUAUCAGCCACAAAACACACCUGUUUAAACAUCAACUCUACAAUUAAAAUAAAAGAGACCUAUCAA